UAAUUUCAUGUUUUUUAAUGAUUAUUAGGUAGAUUAAGUAUUAUCUAAGUUAUUGCAUUAAAUAGUUAUUAUUUAAUUACUCGAAGAUUUGAGCCUGAGGUAACUGAAUAUGUCGGAUGUGGAUAUGUUUGAACCUCAAGAAUAUAACGCCGGAAAACCUAUUAACCUUGAAGACAGUGACGUGCCCGGAACAUCUACGAUAACAACGAAGGAAAAACUUUGUGAAACAAAAAAUAAGGUGGAAGAUAAAAUAAUUCUUGACCAAAAUUACGAUUCUGAUUGCCAAAUACAAAUGACCAAAUCGGGCACAUUUGGAUAUAAUAAUCCGUUCGUAUAUCAUCACCUGGAGGAAGUUUUGAGGUACUCUUUAGAAUGUUUCCCCAAAAAUAACAACAUACACUUAAUAGGCGUACAUUUAUUCAGCAGUAGCAAGGGACACUACCUACAAAAACACUCUGACGAUAAAGUGGUGUUCCCGCUGGAUUUCUACGUAGCUGAUAGCAUUCCAGAGGAAAAUGAACUGAUUUCAGUAUUUGGUUUCUUAGAAUUAAAAAAUUCCGUGCCGAUAUUCAUUGUUAAGUUUUUUAGAAGAGAAGUAAAAAUUGUCGCUAAUAAAUACAUACAAAUGUUAUUGGAGAUGCGGAAAUAUGUGCCAAGUGAUUACUUAUCGACGGUAUCUAACAGUACUAUCGAAUAAAUCUGUGUUUAUAAAUAAUAAAUAACGUAAUAAUUUUUUACCAGUUUUUUUAUUGUACCUUGUCAUGUAUCAUAAAAAAAGAUCUUCUAAGGGGUAUGUAUUCAGACAGACGAAAUAAAAAGUUAAAGUAUAUUUUCUGAUAAUCUGUCAAUAAGUUUAGCUUGUGGUGUUUUACAUUUUAUUUAUUUAUGACAAUAAUAUACAAUAAUAAACGAAAGAUUUUAAUUUUUUACAGAAUUAACGGUAAAAUAAAAUAAAUACACUGUGUUCCGGUUGUUGUCGGUAGUGCCCAAACAUUAAAUGUUGAUGUUCUUCAAUGUUGACUUCUGGUGUUCGAAUGUUGUUUGUUGGAAAAGCCGUUAAUUGUCCUUAACAGCAUAUGUUCAGGUAACUA